UCUCAGGGCUUCCCGUUCAACCCGUGUCUGACGGAGCCCCAGUACAAGGAGAUGGAGCAAAAAGUGGUCGAGGUGCUGAACUCGCUGGACGGUGAGCACCAGGGCACCUACUACCCGCUGACUGGCAUGACGAAGGAGACGCAGCAGCAGCUCAUCGACGACCACUUCCUGUUCAAGGAGGGCGACCGCUUCCUGCAGGCGGCCAACGCUUGUCGCUUCUGGCCCACCGGAAGAGGAAUCUUCCACAACAACGCCAAGUCGUUCCUUGUGUGGGUCAACGAGGAGGACCACCUGCGCAUCAUCUCCAUGCAGAUGGGAGGGAACCUGAAAGAGGUGUACGGGCGCAUGGUGCGAGGGGUGCAGAUCCUCGGCAAGAAACUUCGUUUCUCCCGAGACAGCCGCUUGGGCUACCUGACUUUCUGCCCCACCAACCUGGGUACCACCAUCCGAGCCAGCGUGCACAUCAAGCUGCCCAAGUUGGCCUCCGACAAGGCUGUGCUUGACUCCACCGCCGCCAAGUACAACUUGCAAGUUCGAGGCACCAGAGGAGAACACACGGAAAGCGAGGGUGGAGUGUACGACAUCUCGAACAAGCGCCGCUUGGGACUGACCGAGUACCAGGCCGUCAAGGAGAUGCAAGAUGGCAUCCUCGAACUCAUCAAACUGGAGAAGGCGAUGCCGUGAACCAGGAGGUGGUAUUCUUCUACGGAAAUA